AUGUACAUCAAGUCGCCGUUUCCAGAUCCCCCACAACUCCCAGCAGUCAAUGCCCACUACAUGUUUUUCAAGAGGCCAGACCAAGCAGAAUGGCCAAACUAUACAGUGCACAUCGACCCAAUUGAUUCGCUCACCGCAGUCGGAGUAACCACAGCGGCCACGGCGGUCAAUCCAACGGGUCGGCUCAUGUAUCGCGAUUACCUGCGUAACAUCGAGGAUUUGAGUACAGGACUGGGAGUGAGCGAGGCAGAGGGCGGGUUAGGCUUGCAGGGAUGGAAAGAGACUGAUAGAGCUGAGAGCGUCAACGCGAAGGCAGGCAGAGAAAUCAUCGGCAUUAUCAGUGAAAAUUCGUCGGACUAUAUUACUCUCAUACAUGCAUGCAUCCGCAUUGCAGUUCCAUUUGCGCUCAUCUCAUCUUACAGCACGCCCUUUGAACUCAAACACGCGCUGAAACUCUCGAAAGCUACACGUUUAUUCGUUGACGAGGCAUUCCUCAGCAAUGUCCUACCCGUGGUCAAGGAGGUCGGGCUAUCUACGGACCGCGUAUAUCUUUUGAAGGAGGCCUCUGGUGUUCCUGCGAAGGAAAAGAGGGGCAAGACAAGGAAGACGUUUAGAAGCAUCAUUGAAGGCGUCAGGCGGCGCGGCACGAAGACGAUUGAUGUGCGCACGGCGGGGAAGAAUACGCUCGCUUAUCUCGUAUUUUCGAGUGGGACGAGUGGGCUGCCAAAAGCCGUAAUGAUUUCACACGGGAAUCUCAUCUACUCAUUGGGACAGGCUAUCGUCACUGGGCAGGCUGUCGCAGAGGUACACACUCCCCCACCCCCAUUAAACCCCGAAGGUAUCCCGGUCACGCUAGCAUUCUUACCACUGCACCAUACAUAUGGGCUUCAUUCGUACUGCUUCCGCGCAACGCUGAUGCCGAGCACGCUGGUUAUUCUGCCCAAGUGGAAUGUCAAGGUUGCUUUGGAUGCCAUCCCCAGAUACAAAGUUUCUUCGCUCCCGCUCAUCCCCUCUGUUGUGCAUCAACUCGCGAAUUAUCCAGGGAUCGAGAACGCGGAUUUCAGCAGCGUGGUGGCUAUGAACAGCGGCGCGGCGUAUCUCCCGCCUGAGCUAGGCCAGAAGCUGACGAAGCUGGUCAAGGUGGACUUGGAUUUAAUGGAGGGGUACGGAAUGAGCGAAGCAACGAUAGCCGCAAUUGUGCAGCCGUAUACAGGGAUGCUCAAUGGCAAACUGAAACGUAUAUCGGGGUGCACAGGCGUGCUUCUCCCCGGGAUGGAAGCGCGCGUGCUUAGAUCAGAGGAUGCCGUCCCUCCACCGUCACCGGACACGGUCAUCCCAGAUGACUGUGAGGUGGACGAGCCCGGGGAGCUGUGGCUGCGCUCUCCGAACGUGGCAGUGGGCUACUGGAAUAAUCCCAAGGCGAACCGGGAGACGUUUGUCGGCGGGUGGUUGCGCACGGGAGACCGAUUCAGAGUGGAUAAGGAUGGCAAUUUCUGGUUUGCUGAUCGUGCAAAGGAUACGCUAAAGGUGUCAGGCGCGCAGGUGUCCCCGGUCGAAAUUGAAGGCUGCCUCCUCGCACACCCGGGAAAGCUUAUCACAGACGCAACAGUCGCAGGCGUAUCGGGUGGGCGAACCUCCGACGAGAAGGUACCUAGGGCAUGGGUCGUGCUCUCCCCAGAUGCCUCCGCCUCCCUCGGUCUUGCACCCGACACAGGCAAAGCUGUUGUAGCGGAAAAGGCGAUUGCAGAGCUGGACAGGUGGCAUAAAGAGAACCUGAGCAAGUAUAAGUGGUUAAGGGGCGGGAUUGAGAUUGUGGAUGAGAUUCCAAAGAGUCCAACAGGAAAGGUGUUGCGUAGGGUGUUGCAAGAUCGGUAUGAGCAAGAGUUGAAGAAGCCGAAGAAGGGGAAAGGAAAAACGAAGGCAAAAGCAAAGUUGUAG